UAGCAACAGUUGCCCCGGUGAAGGCAAGGCGCCAUAGUCACGGUAGUCCUGGCGACAAGAACCAAGCAACGGGAGUCAACAACAACAACCAAAAUCUAAGGGGGAAAAAACUUUAACGACCAAAAAGGACAACACUGGGAUAAACGACAGGUGAAAAAAACUAGUGCCUCAAAGAAUUGGUUUCCAUGGCAACUUCUGGAUACUCGGAGGACCUUCAGCCUCAGCAGGCCAACACAGUAACCAUAGCAACACCUGCUUCCACCACACCCUCAUCCGCAAAGACGGCACACUUCCUGUCUGAGCUCCAACCGACCUCUGGAACCGCUGCAACGGCUAACCAAUCAGGUGGCGCCUCGAAGAGCGGACAGGAUGCACUUUGUUCUCAAGCGCCACCCGCCCAGGGCCAGGGCCAGAAGGCAGUGGUUCUGACCACUCCCACACAGCACUAUGUAACCCCUGACAUCCAGCACUCUACGGUUCAGAAGACUAACGGUCAGAGUGGCUCGCCUCAGUACAUCAUAGUCACUGUCACAGAGGGUUCUGUUCACUCCAAUGACAGUCUAUCGGACUCCAGCCCACCGGGCCCCGGCGUUCCUACUCAGGUGGUCCAACCAGUGCAGACCACUCCACAGCAGAGGUCAGUGUUGCAGGCGGUGUCGCAGGCAGCCAAGAGAAUUCAGACAGGCCACAUCAACAACCUGCAGUCUGUGCACCUUAACCAGGAGGUUGAGCACGUGUACUCUGGCCAGGUGCAGUAUGUGGACGGAGCAGGAGAAGCAACUUUCACCACAUCCGCCAUUCGAUCGAGCAACUACCCCUUCUCCGACUCGCCCCUCUACUCCCAGACCCCUCCCACUUCCUCUUCCACCUACUACGAGGCCCCGCCCAGCUCCGAGUCAGACAUUACUGGAGCCGUGACCUCGGCGGUUUCUCUGGCAACGGGAGGAGCCAAUAGCGGGGCAGCUGCCGCGGGUGGAGCAGGCUACAUCGUUCAGGGAGGUUAUGUGCUGGGAGGAGGGGGAGGAGCAGCAGGGGGCGGAGGAGGAGGACAGAGUUUCUCGAGCCCUAACUCUCGUGCCCCACCUGCUACAGUCCAGUGGCUGUGUGAUAACUAUGAGGGGGCGGAGGGGGUGAGUCUACCUCGCUGCACCCUUUACUACCACUACCUGCUGCACUGCCAGGAGCAGAAACUAGAACCUGUCAAUGCUGCGUCCUUCGGGAAACUCAUCAGGUCCGUCUUCAUGGGGCUACGCACUCGAAGAUUAGGAACCAGAGGGAAUUCUAAGUACCACUACUAUGGCCUGAGGAUCAAAUCUGGUUCUCCGCUGCUCAGACUAAUGGAUGAGCAACAGCACAUGGCUAUGAGGCAGCAGCCUUUCUCACAGAAAAACAGUAGGAUAAAGCCAGUUCACAAGACACCGGGGAUCACCAACGGUACAUCAGGUGGUUCAGGUCAACAGCAGGCAGCGGCCCUCUGUGAUAUUUCAGCACAGGUGCAACAGUAUCAGCAGUUUCUUGAGGCGUCAAGGCUGCUGCCAGACUUUGCGGACCUGGAUCUACAGGAUUGCAUCCUGCCUGACGGGAUCCUUUUAGAACACCUCAAGGCCUUUCAGACUCUCUACAGAGAACACUGCGAGGCCAUUCUAGAUGUGAUGGUCAACCUUCAGUUCACUCUCGUGGAGACACUGUGGAAAUCCUUCUGGAGGUUCAGCCAGAGCAACGACACAGAAUCGCUCAACCUGCACAGCGAGUCUGAGAAGCGGCUGCCCAAAUCCUGCCUGGUGGUGCUGUGUAAGUUUGAGCCAGUGUUGCGCUGGACCAAAGAGUGCGACAACCUGCUGUACCAGACUCUGGUGGAGAUCCUCAUCCCCGACGUCCUGAGACCCAUUCCUAGUGCCUUAACUCAGGCCAUCCGUAACUUUGCCAAAAGUCUGGAGAACUGGUUGACCAGUGCCAUGAUGAACAUCCCAGAGGAGAUGGUUCGCAUAAAGGUGGUGUGUGUGAGCUCCUUCUCUCAAACACUGCGACGCUACACCAGCCUGAACCACCUGGCCCAGGCCGCUCGCGCUGUCCUGCAGAACUCGGCCCAGAUCAACCAGAUGCUCUCCGACCUCAACCGAGUAGACUUCACCAAUGUACAGGAGCAGGCGUCCUGGGUGUGUCAGUGUGAAGACCUCGUGGUUCAGAGGCUGGAGCAAGACUUUAAGAUGACUCUUCAGCAGCAGAACUCUCUGGAGCAGUGGGCCACCUGGCUGGAUGGUGUCGUCACACAGGCCCUGAAGCCUUACGAGCACAAUUCUGCCGCUCUACCCAAGGCCGCCAAGGUCUUCCUGCUCAACUGGUCCUUCUAUAGUUCAAUGGUAAUCCGGGACCUGACUCUGCGCAGUGCUGCAAGCUUUGGCUCCUUCCACCUGAUCCGCCUGCUGUAUGAUGAGUACAUGUACUACCUGAUAGAGCACAGGGUGGCCCAGGCUAAAGGAGAGACACCCAUUGCUGUCAUGGGAGAAUUUGCCAGCACAGUCAAGAGAAGAACAUCUCCAGACCUGGAAAAAGAAGAAGAAGAAGAGGACGAGGAAGAGGAGAGCGAAGAAGAGGGAGGCGAUCUAGUGCUGCAGUCCAGCUCUCUGAGUGCGGUCGAUGAGGAGUCGAUGGAGCCGCCCGCCAAGCAGCCCAGGACAACUUUAAAUCUGCACACACCUUAGCCAAGCGUCUGAAUAAUCACAUGCGCCACCUCACACCCACCUGUGCUCUAAAUUCAUCAUCAUGUCAUCCCAUUAUGUCACCUACUUGGAUGUUUGAUGUCGAGCAUGUGGUCGUCCGGUGCGCGUGCAAAGUGUUCGAGAAAGCGGGAGAGCCCUUUGCCAAUUAUGCAUGUUCCACUUUUUUUUGCCACCAUUCUUCUUUCUCUUGGCCUUCACCCAAUCAUUUGCAAUCCUUCCCUGUGCCUUCCUCUAAACUAACCUAUACAGUGUAUCCUCGACCCCCUGCUGCCCUGCCUUAACCACUGACCUGAUUGCUGUGGAGGGAGAGAUGAAAUGACCACAGCAUUUCUCAUUGUACUCUAAACUCAAAAAUAUCUCUUAAGUUACCUCUAAAGCAAAGGACUAUGCAGAGGAGCUGGACUUUAUUGAACAGCAAUGUUCUGAAAUAUAAAUAAUGAAAUAUAAUUUUCUUUUUUUUUCUAAAUCUCAGAGUAGCAUCUGGAAUGAUACUGCACCAUGAAUUGUGUUGAAUUAUGUUGAAUUUAGAGCGAUUUGUGGAUGCCAUAUUUGACUUUGUGAUUUCUCAUUCAUUUGGCCAGCCAACCUAUACCCUGUGCCUUUGCGAGAUUAAUAGCCUGAAAAAGUAAAAACGCUUGUGUUCUAUAUAUUCUGUAGCAGUGGAUUAAUAAAUGAAGGUCCUGUGAAGUAGUUUUGGUGUUGUGAUGAACUUUUGCUUGCUGUUAAAAAAAACAAAAAUCAGAUGGUGACAGUCGAGCUUUGUUGUGAUAAGUCCACCCAGUUUGCUCUUCAUCCAUCCAUUCUUUCGAACUCAUCAUCUUUCCCUUACACAUGAACAAUCAGUCCCACUCCACCACACACACUGAUAAAUAGUGCAACUUGAGUCAGCCACAGGCCAAAGCUCAUCCUACAUUGUAUCCAUGGCAACCUCUGUACCAGCUACAACUCUCUCUGUUUUUAUAGUGUAAAAGUAGAUGUUUAUUUUCUGGGUUUCUAUGUGGAAUAUAUUGCAGAUAACCUAUAUAAUGUCGUAUAUCUAAAAUGUUUGUAUGUUGUCGAACCAUUAUUGCCUUAAGAAACAUGUCGUGGUUUGUCCACCAUCCAGAGUAUUGAGCUAUAUUUUUAUUGUGAUGAUGAUGGGCCAAGCAUGAUGUGAAUGUGGUGGCUUUCUAAAUUAACCCUUUCCAAAGAGCACAUGCUCAACAGGCAUCUUCACAGACAGCAUGAAGAGAUGAUUUUGUUAGGUGUCGGACUUUGAUACUGAUAAAAAAAAAUUGAAAAGCUUCUCAUAGGGGCAUUUCCUGCAGGACAAUAUGGUUUUAAGAUCCCACCAAAGAGUACUAAAUAGGGAAAAGGGUAUUUUUACAUUUAUUCAUAUGGUGAGGGUAAAGAACAAAAUCUGCCUGGAAAAAUUUAAAUCGACUAACUGCGAUGUCAAUCACAAAGAUUGUGACUUGGAUUGGGUCCCUCGCUUGUGCUGCUGAAUAUUUUACAAAAAUGAAAUCCUCCUGUUAUUCUGAAGAACUUUGUACGUAAGUCUGUGAUCAACAUUUGUAGCUUUAUUCUCACUGUUAACUAAAAAGAUGUGAUUGCUCCCAAAA